UGAUGACGUCAGUAGAGUGCGCUGCAGCCCGUCCGACUGAAGGUCUGUCCUCUAGUCCGCUGCACUAAAAUAGUAUAUCAUAUCAUAUACAUUUUUCAGGGAAGCCAUUCCCACACCAGACAGAGAAGAAGCCAAACAAGCAGGAAUCACAUCUGCUGUCACAACACAUUCUUCUACACCACUGUUCUGAACCACAGUUGUAAUGAUGGAGUGUGUUAUAUUGAAGAGUGAUGAAGAAUCGUGCACAAUGAGAGAUGAGGAUACUGAGAAACAAAGAGAUCUGAUGAGAGGGACCGAGGAAGGUCAAGAACAACAUGAAAAGGAGGAUGAACAUCAGCACCACGAUUUAAAAACGAAAGAAAGUUCUUUCAGCUGGUCACAAACUGAUGAGAAUUCCCCUCUUUAUAGAGCUGAAGAAAAACAAGUAUUUUCAUGCCAUCUUUGCUGUAAGACUUUCUCACAAAAAGGGCGCCUAACACAUCAUUUGAAGACUCACGCAAGAGAGCCUUACACCUGCCCUGGACAGAGCUUUUUACAAAAAGUGGAUCUUAAUCUUCGCAUAAAGACUCAUGCUGGAGAGAGGCCAUACUCAUGUCCUCAGUGUGAAAAAACUUACAGAUAUAAAAAGAACCUUAACAAACAUGUAUUAAGUCACAUUGGUAAAAGACCCUUCACAUGCCCUAAGUGUGGAAAAACCUACACAAAUCAAGGGAACCUUAACCAACAUUUAGUAAGUCAAAACUGUGAGAGGCCCUUAACAUGCCUACAGUGUGGUAAGAGUUUUUCACAAAAUUCUUUUCUCAUUACUCACAUGAAGAUUCACACUGGAGAGAAACCUUUCACGUGCCCUCAGUGUGGUAAGAGUUUUCUAAACCGAGGAGGGCUUAAGACUCACAUACGAAUCCAUACAGGUGAGAAGCCUUUCCCGUGCCAUCUGUGUGAUAAGAGUUUCACACAUGCACAAAGUCUCAAACAUCAUCUGAUGAUUCACUCGAAUGAAAGGCCGUUUAGCUGCGAUCAGUGCGAUAAAAAGUUUAUUGCCCUGGCGCUUCUAAAGAGACACCAGAAGACUCAUACAGUGUCAAAGGUGGUGCAUGCUCUGUGCCUGGAUUUUUCUGACAGCCAGAUCCCUUCGGCAGCACCAUAAGAACCUUACUGAAUACAACAGGUGCUGACAAAAAGGGCUUUAAUUAGUCUUGGAACACGAUGGAAUUCACAUCGGAGAGAAGUCGCGCCACUGUCACACCUGUAGGAAAAGUUUCAGACAUAGUAUCACAUAGAAAGUGCUGUCUGCAAAACGCGAACAAAUAUCAACUUCAGGUUAUGGGUCCACGCAUAUGAUGUGAAAUGCAGAUAAAUAUGAUGAUGAAAUUAGUGAGGUUUGUUAAUUAUAAAUAUUGUACAGAAUUGUGGUUUCUGUGUUGGGGUGGCUGUACUAACAAAUUUGCAUUUGUUCAAUUGUUCAAAUGUUUAGGCCAUUUAAAUAGCAAGAAAUACAUAGAUGGUUUACUG